CUGCUAUUUUGCAUUGAGAAAAAGCGUUACGUGACGACAGGAGAAGCGAACACGUCGAUCUAAAGAAGAUUCAACUUGCAGAUUGAUCACUCCAAGGUUCAAAGAGCAUGGCAUCAGAAAAUGGUCUCUCCUGCCAUGACCUUAACAAGAACUGGAAGCCAUCAAGCCAAGUCAUUACAUUCGGAAGUUUGUUCGUUAAAGAUCUCCCUGAUGGAUUGUUCUUGCCUGAGUACCCUUCGACCUUCAAUCCAACUGCCAAAUUUCAUAACGACGAGAAAUACUUCAUCCAUGACAUCCCACCCUACACUAACAAUGAAGUUCAGUAUUUGAAGCCUAUCCAAUUUUGCCCCAUGGCAGGAAACGAGUUGCCCAUGCUUUUACGAAACAAACCUGGAGAAGCACUCAAGCAACACUGGAAAAAAUGGCUGCCUUUUUUUCCAGAUGCGAACAUGUGUGAUUUAACCCUGGAAGGUACUGGAGAAAGGAAAUGCUUUACCCAAUAUCCACUUCAGUGUCUUCCAAGAAAAAAACACGCUAUUGAUCCAGAUGUACAUCACAAGAUCCUGUCCAAAAACUCCAUCCCUGAAAUGGGUGCAAACUGCCCUCGACACAUGACCCUCGAUGACUACACCGUACCGUGUAUGAUCAAAGCCUCGUGGGGUACUGGAGGUAAAGCAACAUACUUGGCCAAAACGAAACCUGAUGCAGAAAAUUUCAUCUAUAAAUUGCAAAAUGAGUUUAGGUGCCCCGAGCCUGUAAUUUCUGAAUUCAUCACAGGAGUGACUGGAAACUACUGUGUUAACUUUUACCUGUACAAAUCUGGUGACGUUGAAUGGUUAGGUUGUCCAAUCCAAGAUAUUGAUGAGGACUUUGGAUGGAUAGGAGUUCACAUGGAUUGGAAUGAACAGGAUGAAUUGAAGGACAAACUGUACGACACGGUGAUGCCUGUCAAGGAAUACCUCCAUCAAAAUGGUUACUUUGGUGUUGUUGGUAUCGAUGUGCUGUCCAACAAGGAUGGUAACUUUGUGAUCGAUGUCAACGCACGUAUUAAUGGUAGCACUACCCUAGUCAUGAUUGGGCCACACAUGGCAGAGCUAGGCUACCCCAUGUCAGCAAAACUCAUGAUAGAAGAUGUAAAAUGUACAGAAAGCGAACUGAUUGACGAGUUUAACAAAAUCAACUCAGAAGGGAAGGAGAUGGUUAUCAAUUUGGCCAGCGUCGAGACAGAGAAAUCCUGCACUGCUGUCAUAUGCCUUUUUGCAAAAACCGAGGAAAACUUAAAAACUCUAUACAAAAAAAUGGUGAAUCACGAGUGUUGGUAGGUUGCAUGAUAUAAUUUAGUUUUUUUGAUAAUUGCAACCAAUUACUGUUCUAUUCGUAUUAGUUCUACAGUAUUUUUGUUGUAAACCUGUAGAGUAGGUCAACAUGUCAGUGGUCUGCUUGUCUGUAACCUACUUCAUUAUCAAUGUAUCCUGAAUUUCCCCAUCGUGAAUUGGUUUACUCCUGUCUUUUGUUAGUAAUUGUAUGCACGCCUCUGAUGUGAAUCAAUUACAAUGGACAUGGUCCACCAGCAUUCAAUGCGGUCGUGAUUUUUCAUUGGAAAAUGAGGUGACUUCGAAUAUCCACUGAUUCGCAAUAUUGCGUUUUCAUCCAUCGGUUUAAAGGUCGAAUCUUACAAUAUUUCCAUUCAUACAGUAUAAAGGGAUGAUAAAGAGUAAGUUUUUGCUUAUAUUACGAUGUAUUUUUUUAUUUUUAAACAUGAGCAAAAGCUGGAAAGGGAUGCUGGUGGACCAUGUCCCUUUAACAAAUGUGUUUGUAAUUUGAAAUCAAAGUCUGAAAAUAAAGUCUUUUUAACUGUAUCUGUAUUGUGACAGUAUGAAGAGUUUGAAAGUGAAAAAUCUAGCUCAUGAAUUUGAAAUGUCACUUCAUGAGGCCAUCGUCAAUAACUCAACACAAUAAUCAAAGUGGAACUAUACUCCUUUCUCUUUUACAAUUAAAUGCAAAUCACGUCAAUGUAUCCACGGGAAUGAUAUAGUGAAAACAUUUAAUCCGUGAAGCUUUUAUAGUGCAAAAUGGUAAUAAACUAUGCUAAUUCCUUUGUU